AAUUAGUUCUCAUGUGAAAGAAGAAUCAAUGAAGUUGGCAAUUGAGUGGAAGGAGAAUUUGUCUGUAAGUAAUAAGGAUUGUUUGGAGGUCCUGGGGUUUCUGAAGCUUGUGGCUACAUAUGAACUAGGCUCAUCCUUUGAUGCAACUGAACUUCAUACACUUCUAGAUAUUAUUUCCCAGCAUUGUCAGACUUCUGAAUUACGACAAUCCCUAGGUAUUUUCAAGAUGGUACCUGAUAAUCAGCUUGGUGCUACCCGAGGUGGAAGAAAUUUGCAUUUGACUGUAAAUCAACAAGCAAAUGCAAACGGGUUGAUGGGGAGUGACAUUUUAGUUGAUCCCCAAACAUUGGAUCCAGCAAAACUUGUUUUAAAUAUGAUAGGGAACCCUAUUGUUCCUCAAAGUACAAAGGAAGAGAAAAGUGCUAUCACUGCUGGAAGCCACACAUUUUUGCUAAAGUGGCUUAUGAGAAUCUCGCCAGAUAUUGAACCGCGAGUAAGAGAAGAAGCAAGGAAGCUAGCACAUGAGUUGAAGGCUGAGAUGAGAGAAGGUACCGAAAAUUCUCUGGAGGUUCUGGGAUUUCUACUGCUUUUGUCCAUUUAUGGCUUAGCAUCUUCAUUUGAUGAAGAUGAAAUUUUAAAGCUCUUAGAGAUUGUUGCUCACCACGAAGAAGCUGUACAGCUGUUCCAGACACUUGGUUUUGCCACUAAAGCUUCCGAUUUUGUUUUUAAUCUUAUCAAGAAGCAGAAGCCUGCCGAAGCUGUUAGAUUUAUAUGGGCAUAUGAGUUGGCUGACAAGAUCCCACCUGUUGAUCUCUUGAGAGAAUAUGUGCAGAAUGCAAAAAUGGUUUCCAAGAGACGUUGCAAGAAAAGCUCAUUUCAAACCAAGGAUAAGGCUAGAGAUGAAGAAUUAGCUUGUCUGCAAUCUGUCCUAAAGUGCAUUUCGGACAACAAUCUUGAAUGUCAGAAUCUGGUUAAGGAGAUUCAUAACCGCAUUGCUGAGCUGAGAAGGCUGAAAGAAAACACGUUUGGUACUACACCAGGGCCUUCUUCUAAAGUUGAAGUGCGACAGCCGGGACAAAAGAAACGUAUUAAUGAGGGAUCUACCAAGAAACAUCAAGUACAACCUUGCAAUAAUAACAACAACAAACGUCCUCGAACUGCUAUAAGACCCCCUGUAGCACCGGUAUCCACUCCUAUAUAUCAUCAACCUAUGUUCUGGCUCCACCGUGAAGGAGUAAUCUUACCUGGCGGAAUGCCUGCACUUGCUGGUCCGCCCACUAACAACUCUGGUGUUGGUACUCCUAUGGGUGCAGGACAGUAUGGAAAUCGCGGAAGAAACUAGUCGUGUCACUCCUAGCUAUACCCCUUCUAGGUGAUCCAGAUAUGGACGUUGUAAAUUAAUGCCAUGCUAUACGGUCACGACAAGGUUCGGACUUGGAACUCAGCUCCUUGACUUUUAAGUCAAGUCUUGAAUUUGCGUUGCUGCCGUUAUUAGUUAUGUCUUUUGAUUACAAUGGAGAACGUUGAUGUUCUCCUGACUUCUACUAUGCGCCUGAACCCGCAAGGAGCAGGGCAAGAAUGCCUCGUGUGGCCAUAUCAAUUGUCCUGUGAGUAAAUGGUAGUUGAUUUUCUAAUCAUUCGUCUUAAAAGGUCGUAGUUUUUGUCAGCUGUGUUGCAAAAUUAACUGGUAGUUGACGUUGACAAGGUUUUACUAAUACUGAUGACUCUUGAAGAUGUAUUCCAUUUCCACAAGA